CGUCAUAUGUCUGCGCCCUUCAGUGCCGAAGCCGCGUGAAACUUAACCCUCUUGAGUAGUAAGACUUUAAAAUGUCGGUUUUUCACGACGAGGUUGAAAUUGAAGACUUCGAAUACGACGAAGAAACAGAAACGUAUUACUUCCCGUGUCCCUGUGGAGACAGAUUUGCUAUCACGAAGGAGGAUUUGGAGAAUGGUGAGGAGGUGGCCACCUGUCCAAGCUGCUCACUGAUUGUCAAAGUAAUUUAUGACAAGGAGCAGUUCAUGUGUGGGGAAGUCGUCGAUGCACUUCCUGCAUCCGAAACAAAACUGGAGGUGGCCCAGAGAUGACAGCUUAUCAGAUCUAAAUCUAUACCUGGAGAUUGUUACUGUGUAAUGAACAUUGGACCUGAAACCCUUAGAUGAUACAGAAUUGUAGAACCAUCGUGGAAGGAAAUGAUUCUUUUCUCAUGGACUUGAGACACUUGCAACAGCAGCAUUUUGCACAUGGACUAUUAGUUUUAUAAAUGUUAUAAACAUAUUUAUUUUAAUACUAUACAGCGCUUUCUUGUCUGAGUUUGUGUUGCUUAAAUUCUGGAUCGUUUGAAACUUGUUGUAUGGUAUACAAACAGCAGGGGGUGCUGCUAGAUCAUAAGGGAAAAUCCCAAUUUUUUAUGGCUCGGUUGGCAGAGGUUACUGAGUUGAAAUAUCCUAAUUGAAACAGGUUUGGGAGGUAAUGAUGGGUGUGAGUAGGACAAACAUGUUUAUCAUAGGAUAGUAUAUAAGACACCAAACACUAAGUAUCACCUACACAGGGAAUGGUUUUGAAAUGCAUAUGAGAAAUUUUAAAUAAUCUGAAUAUUAAAUGGGAUAUGAUUGCAUUAAGGUUGCAUUGCC